UAAGUGAAUCUGGCCUCCCCAUUGACCGCUCAUCAGCAGGUCGUGAAACAUGAUCACAUGACCCCAGGGAUACUGCAGCCGUCAUAAAUGUGAGUCACCGGGCAUCUGAAUUUUGAUCACGUGACCAUGGGGAUGCCACAAGUCGUUAGUGUGAAAAACGAUCAUCAAUUACUUUUUUCAGCACCGUCGUAAGUUUGAACGGCUAUUAAAUGCACCAUUAUCAGCCAAAGACUUACUGUAUCAAGCAAAGUGGCAAGAUUGCUCCAUUCACCUAUGGUCACCUCACCCUGAUCUUCCUCCCAUAAAUAUAUAUAUAUAUUUGCCAGCUGGGCCUCUGGAAGGAGGGAUGAGGGGUCUUUCUGAGCAAUUAUGCUAAAGACUGGUGCUUUGCAGCAUAAUUAGCUUCUGAAAGAAGAGUCUUCUAAAAAUUAAGUCAGGAGAGACAAGAAUCUGGUGGGCCCUAAGGGAGCGUAUGUGUUAUUCCAGAGGCCACCAAGUUGUUUAACCUAGUUUACAGACUCACAUGUCAGCAGCUCAGCAAAGACGCAGGUGGCUUGGAACUGUAGUAGGAGGCUGUGUAGUAGAUGUCAGAUAAAUGGAAUUUUAAACGCAUAGACCAGGGGUCUCCGACCUUGGCAACUUUAAGACUUGUGGACUUCAAUUUAAGGCUGAUGGUCAAGUAGUUAUGGAGGUUUGAAGAACUGAAAGCACAGCUCUUCAGCAACCUGAAGAAUUGCUACCGUAGUAGCAGUGAAGAACACAACAGUGUUUGUAAUAGUCCUUCACAGUUUUCUCGAAUGCAAAUGAUGUGAUGGAAAAAAUGGCUAUUAUUUAUUUGUGCACAGAUAGUACCAGAAAGGUAAAUCACACAGGGUUGUCAUGAUAUCUUUUUUACGUUUCUCAGUCGUCCAGAUCAUGGUUGUCCCAAAGUUCCUUUUCAAAAAGGCAACUGGACUCUCUGGGAGUGUUCUUGAGCCACCACAGCAACAGCAGCAGGAAGAAUUCCAUACAAAUGAUAAUGGCUGCAUUGCUCCAGGAAAUGAUAUCCAGCAAGUCCAAGAUUCUCCAUCCCAAAGAGAACGCUGGGCCAAGGACAUGGCCACUGAAGAUACCGAAGCAUCAUAUCAAAGGCGUAUCAGAGAACUUGAGCGUGAACUGGAUCAUGCCAGGAAGGACAACCACAAGCUGGUUUGCCUGCUGAAUGAAAUAGAUCAACUUGUGUUACCCGAGCUGUCUGAAUGUACUGAGCUAAGACUCUCGGAGAGGCUGAGAGUCUACCUAGAAUGCCUGUUGAUGGAAAAGCAGGAACUAGAAGGCAGAGCCUUCGUGGCAGAGAGGACCAUGGUGGAAUUAGAGCAUACAGUGGCUGUUCUUCAGAGACAACUGCAAGAUACUAGCUGUUCUUCAGCACAGACAGGAGAAAGCCAGCAGCCUGCACCCUCACCCUCUCAGCCUUCUUCUCGUAUCCAGGCUUCUAACAGAUUCUUCUUUAAAAUCAACAAGAAGUCUGCAGAAAAGAUCACAGCCUCAAACUUGCAAAAGCAAGGUGAUGCUGUCUUGCCAAAGCAGAAAUUUAAGAAAAGACUAGUCAAGAUUCAUCGGCAAGUUUUGUCAAAACCAGCAACCAGGUCUAGAAAGGUUUGCUUGUCAAAGGGAGAAGAACAACUUACUGAACACACGCAAGAUUUAUCCCCAACUAUGAGCAGUCCUGAAGCAGAUUCCCAUCAGAGUAUGCUUCAAUUUCCUGAAGCUUCCACAGCUGGCAAGCAUCACAGAAGUGAGGCUUUUGGCGAUGAACAUACAGCCCUUCAUAAAGAUGAUGGCGUCCAUGUCCAUAAGCGAGUACAAGAAGAAGAUACUCUGAGCACAGCCAGUACUCUUUCAAUGACCAUCCCACUGAAUUUUAGAAGCAGAGAUGAUGUUCAUGAAUUUCUUAACCACCCUUCAGUCAACCAAGAGUCUCAUACUAAGAAUCCAAUGUUGGAGAAAUCUGAAGUAGAAAACGUCAGCGGAUCAUCAAAUGAUGUCUCUUUGUUACGUGGAGAGGGAUGCAAGGAGGAUGAGAAUCAUGAUUCCACUGAUCACAACAUUUCUCAAAAGCCAGAAGUUCCAGCAGAUUUUCCACAGCCUGCUGCUGAAACGACAAAGUCCGCCAGAAACCCACAACUCACUUCUCCUGUUGCAGGGGAAAUUCUGGAAGAUGGUAGCCUGAGCUUUUCCACUAUCCACAAAUCUGAUGACACAGUGGCUCUGAAACCAACCAUCAGCCACAUUUUGCCUGCUGAGGAAAUGCCACACAGCUUUGGUCUUCUCCAAGAAAAACCAGAAAAAGCUGCCUCUGUGUCUAAGCAACUUGUAUUCUCCAGCCAAGACAGAGGAGAGGAAUUGUCUCUGGAAAAAAAUGAAGCAAAUGUUCAAUUACCAUCCACUUCCAUCAACUCCUCAGAAACAAAAACAAACUCUAUUUGAAAGGUGUAUCCAAGGUUAGUGAAGAGCAAGAUGAGUCAUACAGUACAUUUCUGCAAAGCAUGAUUCAUGCAGUUCCACUGAAAAUGAGCUUGGGGGAUAGCUCCCAUCUUAGAUUUACACACCAGAGAACUGCUGCCACUAUUAAAAGGCCUCUCUUUGGAAAAAUAUGGAAUCCUCUCUGCCAUCUUACCCACUGAAGCUAAGAUUUAACCAGGGAAAUGAGCUUCCAGGCACAGCACUAAGAUGAAAGCUGAAGAAAUAAGCUAUAGCUUGUUAUCCACAGAAACCAUGCACUGAUCACAAUGCCGACCAUCGGAUGGCAUCUACCUUGAAAAUUUAAAAGUUAUCCUCACCUUUAUUGUAUUUAAUAGGGAUAUAUGCUGACAGUUAAAGUAAUUGUGUACCUAUUGCAAGAGAAUGGGAUGGGGUGGUGGGAAGCCUGUUUAAUGUUUAGCAUACUGUUUAAUGUUUAGCAUCAUUAGCAAACUCGCACUGCAUAUGUAGCAUGUUAUAUUCUUUUCUUAGAUAUGGGAAAUGGGUAAGCUGACAAUUAGGAAAAAUAACAAACUGUUUCCUAUGUUGUCAACUUAAAAAUGGGACAUAUAUUUACACUUAUUAAUAAAUCA